AAGUCUGGAUCUCAAAGUGGCUCACUGUCCCACACUGCCACUCAACGCUCUCUCAGCCUCUCAACACUUCCCCACCUUCCAAUUGCCUACGUCGACGCUCUUUCUCCUCCAUCUUCCCAAUCUCUACUAUUUAUUUUAUUUAUUACUGUAUUAUACUUGUCGAUAAGAACCAAAAAGGAAACUAGAAAAAAGAUAAAAAAUUUCCAUAUCCAUUUCAAUAUCCUUCAACAACUCAACGUUCCCUAAUUUUUUUCUUUUGUACUUGUUUGGGUUUUUUAAUUUAUUUAAAGGUGAUGUUCAAAACCAACAAUGUCGCUUCCCGAAUUUUCGAGCGUCAAAUUCGAACCCCUGCGCCUGGAACCAGUGUUCACUCUGCUAGGAGAUUUUACGAGAAUUUAGUUCCUAGUUUUACGAUAUAUGAUGUGGAAUGUCCGGACCAUUCGUUUUUUAAAUUCACGGAUGAUGGUCAGUACUUUGUGUGUUUCAGUAGGAACCGUCAGGAUUUGAUUGUGUAUAGGCCGACAUGGCUUUCGUUUUCGUGUAAAGGAGAAGAUUGUGAUAAUAACCAGGAACUCCCUCCCCAAGCUAAGAGGUUUGAGAGUUUCUUCACACAGUUAUAUGUUAAACCACUUGCUUCCUGCAACGAGCUUAUAUGUAAAGACUUCUUUCUCUACAUGGAGAGUAAUCAAUACGGAAUCUUCGCUACUUCCACCGCACAAAUUCAAGAUGCUCGUGGCACGGAUGGUGCAAUCCUUGGGGUUCCAUCGUUUGAAAAAAUCACUAUUCACCUCUUCAGGUUGGAAGAUGGGUUUAAGCUAGAUGAGAAGGUAUUUCACAAUGAUUGUGUCAAUCUUACCCAUAAUAUGGGUGCCUUCUUGUAUGAUGAUUUGCUGGCAGUUGUGUCGCUUCGUUAUCAAACAAUACACAUUCUUCAAAUCAGGGACUCCGGGAACCUUGUUGAUGUGCGAGCUAUCGGUGCAUACUGUCGUGAAGAUGACGAGCUUUUUAUAAAUUCCAGUUCUCAGUUGGCGGGUAAUCGUGGAGAUCUUGUAGAUAAUGGUACAAAUCAUGACCAGCCUAAUUCAAACAAUUCUUUUUUGAGUGGUAUCAAACAACGCUUACUUUCAUUCAUCUUCCGAGAAAUAUGGAGUGAAGAAACAGAUCAAACCCAGAGGGUCCAAUGCUUAAAGAAGAAGUUUUAUUUCCAUUUCCAGGACUAUGUUGAUUUGGUGAUCUUGAAGGUACAAUUCUUGGACCGGCAUCAUCUGCUUAUCAAGUUUGGCAGUGUUGAUGUAGGGGCAUCACGCAACACUGACCAACUUCCGGCUUUCUUUGCUGUAUAUAAUAUGGAGACAACUGAAAUUGUUGCAUUCUAUCAGAAUGCAGCAGAUGAACUUUACCUUCUCUUUGAGCGGUUCUGUGACCACUUCCACGCAACAUCAAUAAAUUCAAUGUAUAUGAAUUUCAUAUCUUCUCACUCAAAUAAUAUUCAUGCUCUUGAACAACUAAAGAGCAUGAAGAAUAAAGCCACCAGUGUCUCACAGUUUGUAAAGAAGAUGCUGUCCUCGUUGCCUUUAAAUUGUCAAUCAAUGAGUCCUUCUCCCUACUUUGAUCAGUCUCUCUUCCGAUUUGAUGAAAAGCUAAUCUCUGCAACUGACCGGCCCAGACAAUCGACAGAUCAUCCCAUCAGGUUCAUUUCUAGAAGGCAACCAAACAUUCUCAAAUUUAAGAUCAAGACAGGCCCUGAAUUUGGUGGUGCGGAUGGCCGGAGCAAAAAGUAUUCGCAUUUCCUGUUCCAUCCUGCUUGGCCAUUGGCUCUCUCCUUCAUCCAACCAUCUUUGUUCUUGCCACCGUCAGCAGUGAAUAUUCACUUCCGGCGAUAAGAUUUUAGUAAGUAUUUGCUUUGAUAGCCACUAUCUUCUCCUCCCUUUUUGAAAUGCCCCGAGCUAGUUUUGUAGUUUGAUAAGUAUUAUUUUGUAUAUUUGAUACUUAGGUAGUUGAUAGUUCAUGACUUAAUGGGUAAAUUAUAGAUGAUUGUAACCCUACCCAAACUGUAAAAAUCUAUGUUGCUUUUCUUCUUAUAGUUGAACUUGACCCAGUAA